CAUCAGAGAAAGAAAAUGCCAGAACCGAAAGCUGCACCCGCGCCGAAGAAAGGCUCCAAGAAGGCUGUUGCUAAGAACCAGCCUAAGGGAGGAAAGAAGCGCAGAAAGAGCAGGAAGGAGAGCUACGCGAUCUACGUGUACAAAGUGCUGAAGCAGGUCCACCCCGACACCGGCAUCUCCUCCAAAGCGAUGGGCAUCAUGAACUCGUUCGUCAACGACGUUUUCGAGCGCAUUGCCGGCGAGUCGUCCCGCCUGGCUCACUACAACAAGCGCUCCACCAUCACUUCCCGGGAGAUCCAGACAGCCGUGCGCCUCCUGCUGCCCGGAGAGCUGGCCAAGCACGCCGUGUCUGAGGGCACCAAGGCCGUCACCAAGUACACCAGCUCCAAGUAAACCGAGCCCGUCCCUGCCCCGUCCUUCCAGCAACACAAAGGCUCUUCUAAGAGCCACCCAAAACACCACAGAAAGAGAUG